CCGCACGUGACUCUGCAUCUAUAAAUAGGACCGGAACCCCCCACGUUCCACUUAGCCAGAAAAUUCGAGACAACCUUCAAUUCCUGAGAAAAUUAAAGAGAGAAAAAAUUUACGGUUACGGUCGCGAUGAAACCCCAAUGUGUUGUUCUCCUUUUGAUUCUCCAAGCCCUCGUCCCCUUCCUUCUCUCCGGCGGAGCCUCGGCUAUUCCCGGCGGGUGGAGUCCGAUCGUUAACGUCAAUGACGAGCACGUGAAGGAGAUCGCAAACUUCGCGGUCACGGAGCACAACCAGGAGGCCAAAGACGGCCUCAAGUUCGACAAGGUGGUUAAAGGCGAGACGCAGGUCGUUGCCGGCACGAACUACUGGCUCGUGAUCACUGCCACGAACGGCUCCGCUUCCGACAACUACGCAGCCUGCGUGUGGGAGCAGCCGUGGCUGAAAUCGAAGAAGCUCAGCCUCUGGAAAAGGAUUGGCGCGCAGGCCGCGGAGAAUUCGUGCCGAGCCUAGUUAGAUCCUAAUGUCUGUUCCGUCUACCGAAAAUAAGUGAGAUGCGCUGCGUUUGGCUGUUUGUCAUGCCUAAUUUGUUUGUGCUUUAAUUUUGCCUAAUAUUUCUGUAAGGGAGAGAAAUUAAUUCAUUUUCCCUGGGGAUGAUGAUAAAAUGGCUGCAUUAGUUCAGUUUUUGAAA